CGAGCGAUGCUCUUGCUCUGGCCAUAAUAGUUAUUGUCAUUUUUUCUGUGAAAAAUAAUUACCUCUUCUAAUGGUUUGCAAUCUUUUCGGAGGAAAAUGCUGCCUUAACCAGUGACCGAAUCCUAGUUUGGGUGCAUAAAAUCGAUCAUCAAGUGGUGCGCGAGCCGUUCGUCGUAAAAAUUGUGCGAUUCGGACGCUUUUCGGGCGUGAAUUUGUGAUUUUCUCCUUUCGGCUGUGAGUGCGCCAAUCUUCCAGCAGUCAAAACAAGUUUCGGAUUAAUUCUACGGUUUGGUUCCGACGCGACCAUCCGGGGCGCAACAUGGCUACGGGGCUGGUGGACAAGUCGUUCGUCAGCAGCAGCGACGAGUUGUUCUACCUCAAGUGGAACAACUUCCAGAAGAAUGUGAGCACCCAGUUCGAGAAACUCCGGGAGGAGGACGACCUGGUGGACAUUACGUUUGCCUGCGAGGGCAAAAAGCUGACCGCCCACAAGCUGGUCCUGUUCGCGUGCAGUCCGUUCUUCAAGGAUCUGCUGAAGAAAAAUCCGUCUCCGCAUCCGGUGUUCUUCAUGAACGAUGUCAAGUACGAUGUGCUGAAGGCGAUUCUGGAGUACAUGUAUCUCGGCGAGGUGCACAUUACCAAUGAGAACUUGAAGGAUUUCAUCAAAACCGCGGAAGGGUUGCAGAUUCGCGGAUUGAGCAAGGAGAAUAACGCUCUAUCAAAUACGCAGGGUGACAUCGUGAUGCCUCCCGCAAACCAACAGGUUCCCAUACGUAAGGAGGAAAAGGAAACCACGGUGGUGGAAAGCGUCCUGCUGGAUGAGUUCUGUCGCAAGCGCCCGGAACCGGGGGAGAUCACACACACCACGGUCGGAUUGAACAUCAAGCGGAUGAAGACCGUCGAUACGCAGAUUCCGUCGGUUAGCGGCCAGGACAAUGUCUCCAAUGUAGAGCCCAAAGUGGAAAUGGUCGAAUAUCUGGAAACGGAGAGUACCAACCACCAGUCGCCGACCUACUGCAGCAUGGACAACUACACGGAAAAGAGCAACUCCCGGAACAACAUUGCUCACAUGAGCCAGCUGAACACUGCUGGCUUCACUCAGACCCAAACGCAGCCGGGAAGCUCCGGUCAUCAACAGCAACCGCAGCAACAGCAACAGCAUGUGCAACACGAGUACAAAUCCGAAGAGGACAGCAGCUGGAUGGAGAAAUCCCUAGACAACAUCUCAGUCAACUCCGAACAACAGUCCGGGGGCAAAUUCAAGGGCAAGUCCGGCGGUGGCAAUCGCUCCAACCGUUCGACCGACGACAAGACCAACUGCCUAACGCCUCGCUGUUGUCCCGUUUGCUCUCGGUUGUACUCCAACGUGUCCAACCUGCGGCAACACAUGCGGUUAAUCCACAACCCAACGGCCGUCUGCUGUCCCAUCUGCCAGAAGCACUUCAAUUCGGAACUCUACCUGAAACGGCACUACUCGUCGAUCCAUUCGAUCAACACGGGCAACCAAUCCGACGGAGAAAUGGUGGACCAGAAGCCAACGACGGCGCAGCUGGCCACCCAGCAAGCGCAAGCCCAAACUCCUCAACAGCAACAGCAAACCACCCAGCAACAACAGCAACAGCAACAGCAGCAGCAACAACAGCAAGCCCAGCAGCAAUCCCAACAGGCUCCAGCCCCGGCCACUACAAACACCUGGAAUCCAUAUCACCAUCACGACACGACCCAGCUGGUGAACCCCUUCAUCAAAUAAUCACUAUUAGUCGCCUCUAGUGGUAAGUCACAUGUGCAGGUACAAGAGCAGCAGCAGCAGCAGCAAUGUCUUUCUCAGCUGGUCACAAUCUGCUCGUUGGGUCAGCUAGCUGUCCGAGACGGUACUCCGCUCCGGCAGUGAAUACGGGAUGCUUGAUUUCGUUUUAUUGUAAUUAUAGGCAAUCGGAUGUCUAGAGUUGAACGUUUUUUUGUAUAGGACUUUUAAGAGUGAUUGGUAGACAUAAUAUAGACGGUUAGCAAUGGAGAA